AUGUAUGGGUUACUUUUGUGGAGUUCUCUCGAGGGCGACAUAUCAGGAGCACGGAAAUCACUACGGGUGUAUUUCCAAUGUGAUUCCUUGUUUCCGAUAUUAUUAUUUCUUCUUCUUCUUCUUCUUCUUCUUCUUCUUACAACGGAUGGGCCUCUUGUAUCAUCUGAGAAUUGA